CGUUCCGAAGCUGAAUUCUUCGUAGAUUCGCUGUCGCGGCACCACGAACGCGGCCUCGCACGGUUGACUCAAACCUCGCCGGUUACUCGGCCUGCUCGAUCAUUCAUUUACGUAUUCUCGUCGUGCGGCACGUUGCAUUGACUCACGUACGGAAUAUAUACGGUGACUUAACAGAAAAGCACGACCGCAUGAGGGACGAGAGAAGACGCUCGACAAAUGUUGGCGGGACUUCGAGGUGGCCCAGGAUGCGCCGCGGGUGUAACGCGAUGUUACUUCAACGGGGUGCUUUCACGACUCAGCGGAGCGCGACGACCCUCCCACGGCUGGUGGUCGCGUGGCCGCCCGGAGAACCGACCGUAUGGUGUCCGUCGCAACCCCCGCGCUGCUCAAUGAUCGAGGCCGAGGCGGACAAUACGCGGCGAUUUCUCAAUGUCGAUAGAGUAUGCAAGAAGUACAAUUUAGGCUUUUAUCGAAAACUCGUCGAAGACUCGCCGUUCAAGCAUCCGCCUACGCCGCAAUAUAGCGCUUUUUACAUGGUCAGAAUGUACAAUAUAUCAUAUUGCCCGGUGUAUAAAGCCGGCACCACAACAUGGCUCUAUAAUUUGUGCUUAUUGAUGAACGUGUCCGAGGAGACGCUGAAUAACGGCAAGGAACAACUGUCGACUAUCGCGAGACGAGUGAUACCGGAACUCGAGUAUCCCGAGGCCGAUCGCGUUCUGAACGCGAGCAAAAGGCUGCUGGUGGUGCGACAUCCGUUCGAAAGGCUGCUAAGCGCCUAUCGCGAUAAAUUAGAGAACUCUGUGGCUGGCUGGGAACACGGAACGCUCCACUUUUACCGGAAGUACGGGGCCAAGAUCGUUCGGAAGUAUCGAGUGAAAAAUUUCACGAAGCCGGGACCGGAUCAGGUGAUUCUGCGCGAAGGCGCACCGCCACCGGCCGGCGUGGAACCGACCUUCCGCGAGUUCGUAAAUUACGUGAUCGACACUGACCUCGGCAGUUACGGCGACGAUCACUGGAUGCCGUAUUAUCUCUUUUGCACGCCGUGCCUCGUCAAGUACGACGUUAUCGCGAAAGUGGAAUCGCUGUGGCGUGAUCAACUGUACGCGAUUAACAAGUUGGGAUUGCAAAACAAGAUCAAGCCCAGAUGGAGGCAUAGUAACAGUUACGCCAAUGCUUCCAGGAUAUACUUCAGUCAAUUGAACAGACCGACGGUGCAGAAGUUGUACGAGAAGCUAAGACUGGACUUUGAACUUUUCGAUUAUUCGCCCGAGAUUUACUACGAAUACGCCACGUCUGUCAAUUAAGUGAGGCUGAUUAAGCUUGAAGCUAACGACUUCUUUCUGCACGAAGUAGCACGUCGUGGCAACGAUCUUCCGGGUAUAAUUUUGAUAAUUUUGAUAACACAGUGCCUCGAGUGUCGAUGCGAAACAUCGAUGGAACGCUGAGCGCUCUCUUGGUGAGAAUAAAUGAAUGUGUGUGAGAAUAAAAAAAAGAAAAAAAUAAGAAGGCAAAGAGAGAGAAAGAGAGAGAGAUAAAGAGAGAAAUAUUAAGCUUGUACAUGCGGGCGCGCGCACACACGUAAUCCCGAUAAUUGAUGGAGCUUAAAUCGCGUUACGUCACGCGACGAACUUUUGUCGACGAAAAUCGAUCGACCUACUUUUCAUCGUAUCCCCUGAUGUAUCGGCGCGGGCGACCUGUCCUAAAGUCAAGGGUCCCCCCCCCCCCCUCCAAUCCGGAAUGGACGUGGCGUUAAUCGUCACGAAAUCGAAAACGCGAGAAGCAGGACGUUUACCCUGCUUAACAUGCGGCAAGAAAUAAUCGCGAGUGUGUUUUUGCCCCGCAUUUCCACGGGAAACGGAAAGAAAAGGACGCACGCAUACAUACAUUUCUUCAAAAAAAUACUCGGAUACACCCGACCUUUUCCAACUGUGAUAUAUCGAUGUUGGAUUCGAUGUAGAACUUCUACCGAUACUGAUGCAACCGGUUCGCCGGUUUAUUGGCUCGAAUUAAUUUACACGAAUAAAUCAAUAUUCACCGCGAUUGACUAUCUUUUCAUUUCAAUGCUAUCAGCAUGGAUCUAAUGUA